CGGCGGGGCCUGCGCCUGCGCCUGCGCGUAUCCCGCCAGGGUCGGCCGGCGGCUCCGCUGGGCGCGUCACGGCCCGCAGCCCGGGCUCGAUGGCGAUGAGCUACAACGCCAAGGAUGAGGUGGACGGCGGGCCCCCGUGUGCUCCGGGGGGCUCCGCGAAGACCCCGAGGCCGGACAACACGGCCUUCAAACAGCAACGGCUGCCCGCUUGGCAGCCCAUCCUCACGGCCGGCACGGUGCUGCCCACCUUCUUCGUGAUCGGCCUCAUCUUCAUCCCCAUCGGCAUCGGCAUCUUCGUCACCUCCAACAACAUCUGCGAGAUCGAGAUUGAUUAUACCGGAACAGAGCCUUCCAGUCCCUGCCAUAAAUGUUUGUCUCCAGAAGUGACACCUUGCAUUUGUACCAUCAACUUCACACUGGAAAAGUCAUUUGAGGGCAAUGUGUUUAUGUAUUAUGGACUGUCUAGCUUCUAUCAAAAUCAUCGUCGUUAUGUGAAAUCUCGAGAUGACAGUCAACUCAAUGGAGAUCCUAGUGCAUUGCUUAAUCCUAGUAAGGAAUGUGAGCCGUAUCGAAGAAAUGAAGACAAACCCAUUGCUCCUUGUGGAGCUAUUGCCAACAGCAUGUUUAAUGAUACAUUAGAAUUGUUUCUGCUUGCCAAUGAAUCUGACCCUGUACCUACACUUAUUCAUUUGAAAAAGAAAGGUAUUGCUUGGUGGACAGAUAAAAAUGUGAAAUUCAGAAAUCCUCCUGGAUCAGGAAGCCUGGAAGAACGAUUUAAAGGGACAACAAAGCCAGUAAACUGGCUUAAACCAGUAUACAUGCUAGAUUCUGAUGAAGAUAAUAAUGGAUUCAUAAAUGAGGAUUUUAUGGUUUGGAUGCGAACUGCAGCAUUACCUACUUUUCGUAAGCUAUAUCGUCUUAUAGAACGGAGAAACGAUUUACAUCCAACAUUGCCAGCUGGACGAUACUAUUUGAAUAUCACAUACAAUUACCCAGUCCAUUCUUUUGAUGGUCGAAAACGGAUGAUCUUGACCACUAUUUCAUGGAUGGGAGGAAAAAAUCCAUUUUUGGGGAUUGCUUACAUCACUGUUGGAUCCAUCUCUUUCCUUCUGGGAGUUGUACUGCUAGUAAUUAAUCAUAAAUACAGAAACAGUAGUAAUACUGCUGACAUUACCAUAUAAUUUUAUAUUCUGAAAACAGAUCUAUUGCAUGUGCGUGAGGCCAGUCCUGUUCAACCUAGCUUUUGAAUGCUGAUGUCUGGUUAGUAUGUCAUUUUGAAGUUGGCACAUAAGUUUUCUUUUUUAAAAGAAAAUCUUUGUCCUUUGCUUCUUACCUAGAAUGACUUACCAAAAUAUUGGACGGGUAUUAUAAAAAUUAGCUAUAUUGAUCAUAUCAACACUGUAACUGCUUACAUAGCAUUCUGGUGUUUGCCUUUUAUUGGGACCAGCCACAUGAUGCAUAGAGCCUCUUUCAAGUGAAAUGCGUCUACUGCUUAAAUGUUUAUGCUGUGUUAAUAAUAUUAUAUUGACAUAUGAUGUGUAUAUGUGUGCCCAGUGUGUGAAGAGAAAGGAUUACAAGAUGUAUGAGUGUCAUGACUUGAUAACCUUUCACGAUUCAGAAUUAGGAAACGAUGAAGACAGACCAAAUCUAAAUAAAACACUUCACCAUUUUCUUGUGUCUUGUGUGAAGGCUUAAAGUGCCACCUUUGUAUUCAAAGAUGGUAUCUAUUCAAUUUAUCCAUUACGUACAGGUUAUUUUUUUGUUGUUGUUAAGCUUAGCUUUGAACUCAAAGGACAUGCUUGCCUCAUAUGGCCUAGAAAUGAAUGUUUAUGUCUAGGGAGAUGGAAAAGGUCUUGAAUAGAAGAAUUUCAAAUGUGGCUGUCGGGAAUCCCAACUCACUUGAAAUGUUUUUAUACCCAGUCCUUUCCCUUGAGGCUUUACACAUUGUAAGGGAAGACAAGAACAUAGGUGAGGUGGGUAUUGCUUGACAGAGUAUCCUCUUCCCUCUCAACUGUAAACCCACAUAAAUGCUCAAUGGCGUCCCAUUCUUGUGUAUUUAACAUUAAGAAAAUCACGUCCGCAUUGGAAAUACCUCAAGCUGUGCUUAACUGGCAGGUAAGUGUUUUUGGCUUAAGUACUAAUAUUAUAGUGUACACAUUUUUGGAAUUUUAAUUUCCUCUCUAUUCAAUUUUGGCAUACAGGUCAAAUGUGGAUAUGUAUACAUAUUUUCUUUACUUAAGAUUGUAAUUGUUUUGGUUAGUUUUCCUAAGAUGUACUUUAAACAGAUGUUCUAGAAAUUUCCUACAAAUUGUAGGGAUUUGGAUUAUGUACAUGAUAAAUUAUGAAGUUAUUUUCUACUAACUGGAAUUAUUUUAAUAUCUUUUAUUGAAUAAAUGCUGUAAUUUGUUUGCUAUGGAACUUAAUUCUUGAAGUGAAUGUAAAAUAUUUUUCCAUAUGCAUGAAAAUGUGUGAAUCAGAUGACUUACUGAAAUUUCUUUUUUAUAUACCUAAAGUAACUCAUGUUUAUGCAGAAGUAUGCUUGUUUAUGCAGGAUUUGUAAUGAUUUCCUUCAGUUAUAUUUUCAAUCAGAAGGUCUGGGUAAUGUAUCAAUUUUGAAUAAUAUCUGCUUUAAAAAAUGAUAUAGUUCAUAGUAGAAAUGUGCCACAAUUGUUCAGUUUUGUAUAACACGGAAUUCAGUUAAAAGAACUUGUAAUUCGUAGUAACUUUUAACUUCAGAAAAUAUUGUUGCAUGAGUUACUUGAUGUAUGGUUACUCUACACUUUGUGAGUACAUAGACUGUUCCUUACCUAAAAGUAGUCUUUUUUUUUUUAAUCUAAAAAGUAGUCUUUUUUUGUCAGUCUUUUCAGCAUGCUUCUUGUUGUUGUUGUUUUUCUGUUUUUCUUUUCCUGAAAAUUGUCUCUUGCACAUACCAGUUUUAUUUUCUGGAACAGUUCAUGGACAGAGAGAGGUUUUUUCCAAGCUUUCCAGAGAAGGGACUAUUAUUCUCCACCUCUUUUCUAACCAAAGGAGCAAGGUUUCUGUUGAGGAAGAGUGAAAGCACUCUUCCCACACUUUCACAUCUGUGGAGAUCGUGGACUCUUAACACAGGGCAGGAGUGUGGUCUGUUUGCCAGGACAUGGGUGGCCUGUGUUCUCACCUGCCUCCUGUCGUUUGAGCACCAAGGGAUGGCUGUGGAAGAAAGUGGUCUCAUAUGGUCUCUGGGAAGCAUGGGAAAAAAGGAAGAUAUUUAUUGCUGAUUAUUUUUGUUUUGGAAACACUGAUGUCAUAUUUGUGUAUCAUAGUCUUACAUUUUAACCGAGGUUAAGUAGAGAGCUGGAGAGAAAUGUAUCGUUUGUCAGGAAAUAUUUUGACAUGAAAUGUCUCUCAAUUGAAGGAAUUAUUCAAUAAGUAAAAGCUAAGACAUUUUAUUGAUAUUAUAAGGCAGUUGGAAAAUAAACUGGAAAAGUAACUGUACUACCUAAUAAUCAUUUAAGAAGAGUCAAGUAAUAUGUUUAUAGAAUAGUAAAGUUAACAUCCUGCUAGUAUGUUCUGCACUAAUAAAAAUGAACAAAAUUAAUUUUGCUAUA